AUGCCCUUUGCCAUCACUGUCACUAUCCCAGGUGUGUGGCCCCUGCACUCACGGCUGUGCCAGGCUUUGGUGGUCCUCCAGCAUUUGUUUGCUUUUGCAGGUGUCAACACUAUUAUAGUGGUCUCUGUGGACCGCUAUCUGGCCAUUAUUCACCCCUUGUCCUACCCCACACGCAUGACACCAAACCUGGGCACAAACCUCAUCAUCUGCACAUGGGUGCUCAGUUUCCUUCAGAGCACCCCUCCUGUCUAUGGCUGGGGUACUAUUGACUUUGACCUCCACCACCACAUGUGCUCAGUGGUGUGGUCAGCUAGCAUUUCCUAUGCUGUGGUUGUGUUAAUCUUGUCCUUCUGGCUGCCUAUGCUCAUCAUGCUGGGAUGCUAUUGGAUGGUUUUCAGAGCAGCUCGGAGGCAGAAUGCAAUGGUGCAUCCCAUUCAGUCACAGUCCCUGUCCCAGCCUUGCCCCUCACACUUUCAUGGCUCUAACAAUCCGGACGUUCAGUCUACAGCUCAAGCCCAGCCUCUGUCCCAACAAGCCUGUUCCCCUGAUGAACCUCAAACAUCCAGGGGCUAUCCUGUGCGUGUCCGUCACAGACGCUUCUACUAUCACUGCAAAGCAGCACGAGUGGUGUUUGUCAUUAUGGCUUCAUAUAUUCUCAGCAUGGGGCCUUACAGUAUCACCAACACCAUAUCUAUGAGCUCCAAAACAGCUGUUCCUCCAUGGAUGUCCUCCAUGGCCUUGGUGCUGUUCUUCUUGCAGUGCUGUCUUCACCCGUACAUCUACGGAUACAUGCAUCGCAGCGUGAGAAAGGAGUUCUUGGCAUUGCUCUUUGGACUGUUCUGUAAACAAGGCCGUCUCAGACAGAGUUCUGCCGUAGAGAGCUGUUUCACCACAGAAGGACGUUCUGCAGCCCAGCCACACCUGCCCAGCCUGGCAGCACGCGUCUUUCCUAUGCGCACCUGGGAAGAAUGCACCACAUCCUCCUCUUUUGAAAGGAGGUCCAGGGACAGUCGCAAAGAUACCACAUCAAUAAGUCUCAGCUCUGAGAAAGAGUUAAUGGAGCAGAACAAGUAA